UCUGCAGUCCUCUUGUGCUCUUCCUACCCACGCUCCCUGACAGCUACCGGCAGAGAUGUGGAAGGCCUCCGCUCCUCUGCUCAUUCUGGUGGUCGCCACUGCAGUACCACUGACUUCCGCCGACGAAGGGAAGUACUCCACCAAGUAUGACAAUGUGGACCUGGACGAGAUCCUCAACAAUGAUCGGCUCUUCAACAAUUACUUGGACUGCCUGCUGGACGAAGGUGACGAACGAUGUACCACAGAGGGUAAGGAACUAAAGGGAGUCAUUCCGGACGCCUUGCAGACUGAGUGUUCGAAAUGCAAUGAGAAGCAGAAAGCGAGAGUGGAUAAGGUUGUCAAGUUCAUAAAAGACAACAAGAAGGACGCGUUUGAGAAGCUGAAGGCCAAGUACGACCCCGACGGCACCUAUUUCGAGCGCUACGAGCACCAUCUGAAAGAACUUUCAUAAACAAGCUGCACCACAGAGAACAACAGACACGUAAUCAGACGCCUUGUAUUCAUUCCGCCAACUCUCUUAAGAAGGUCACAAAUCGUUGACAACUAAGCAAUAUCUGCAAUUGAUCAUAUGAUGUUACUUAAUGUCGUUACAAAUGUGGUAACAAUUUCCUUAUGAUACUUACAGCUGCUGUUGUCAAUUUAUUACGUGACAUAUUAAGAAUUUCCUGGGGCGUCUUAGAAUAACGAUGUGUCUGUUGUUCGCAGACACUUUCAGAAAUUUAACUGUCUUUAAUGUAAUUAUAUCAUUCAAAAUGAAAAUUUUAUCUAGUUUCAUUUGUUUGAUUAUACAUUUUAAAGAGUGCUUCUUCAUCUCUAUGUUACCAAACAGCUAUUGCUAAAGAAUGUAGUUUUUGUAGGAAACUUAACUUUUAUCCUGUUUUAGAAAUUUUUUUCGCAUUUUCUGAUAUCUAUUUUGUUAAACUGUACGAUUGUCAGUAAUGCGCUGUUCAAAAUAAAGUUUAUUUUUGUCAUUACUA